AUGGCAAGAACCUUUAGCGUCCUCACAGCUUUAUUCGCCGCCUACGUCUCUGGCGCAUCUCUCGGCGAGCGGAAUGGCAUCUACAGCAGCUGCAAGUCAUACGAUGACACUUACGACAAUAUCGCCGUCCUCACAGGAACGUUACCACAACUCAACCCUAUAACACUAUACAACGGCCUCACUUACGAAGCCUGGCAAACGUCCCAACCUACGAACGGUGUCAUAGCGCACUCCAAGCCCAACGUCGCCGCCGCGGCGAUGGAAGGCGACCUUGUCCAGCUCGGAGUCGUCACGCUCAACCCCUUCGGCAGCAUGACCCUCGCUCCAGGCACAAAAGCCUUCGAUGCAAAGUCCUUCUUCUUUGGCUGCGUGGUAGACCUCGAGCAAGCUGCUGCCACCAUCUCCUCUGGCUGCACAAUCUCCGUGACGGCCUUUACCAUAUACGGGCAACAGGUGCCAGUGGCAACUUUCGCAUUCGCCCCUACCAUGGAGAUAGGGAAUCCGUUGACCUUCGCUCAAUUGCCGAGCACGUUCAGCCUGCUCAAGAACAUUACGUUUGGCAUUGCGGACGCGAGCGUGGCGACGGCGCAGACCGUGUUGGAUAUUGACGACUUCGUUCAUUGCAACUACUCGUGAUGGUGACGGACACAAGUGUGAAAAGCAGAUUAUGAGAGCGCUUGCUACUACUCUUUCACGCACAUCAUGUUCGUUUCUAGAAUGUAGUAUAAUGCUUACCGU